GCCGACAACAACACCGACGACGACGGCGACAUCGGACAACAAUGUCAAGGAUAGAGAUCUUGAACCUGGCAGGCCUGCGCCACGACAACCGCAGGCCGUACGAGCUGCGCAGCUUCGCGUCGACGCUCUCGACGCACCCCGCCGCGGACGGCAGCGCGACCGUCACGCAGGGCCUGACGAGCGUCCAGGCCAGCGUAUUUGGGCCCCGGGAGCCCAAGCAAAAGGCCGGCGCGGCGCACGAUAGGGCGAGCCUUGUGGUUGAGGUCGGGGUUGUGCCGUGGGCCCAGGGGGUCGGGCAGGGGAGCAGGCGGAGUCGGGGGGAUAAGCGCCUUCUCGAGAUCGGCGCGGCCAUCCGACAAACCUUUGAGCCCGUCAUCCUGUCGCACCUGUACCCGCGCUCCGAGAUCGCCGUGCAGGUGCAGGUCUUGACUGCUGACGGAGGCAUCCUCCCAACUGCCAUCAACGCAGUGACCCUCGCGCUCAUCGACGCGGGCAUCGCAAUGCUCGACUACGUCGCGGCCGUCUCAGUCGGCCUGCACCUCACCCAGGCGCUGCUCGACCUCUCUGCGCCAGAGGAGUCCGACCUGCCGACCCUCGUCGUCGGUGCCUUGCCAACCAGCGGCAAGGUGACCCUCGCGCAGAUGGAGACGCGGCUGCACGUCGACCGCUUCGAGGACAUGCUCAAGCUCGGCGUGGACGCGUGCAGCGUGCUCAAGGCCGAGAUGGAGGCGACGGUCAAGGCCAACACGAAGAGCGUGGUGGAGCGCAUGGCGAUCGGGAGCAGGGUUGGUAUCGUCGGUGGAGGCGACCAGCUGGUUUAGCCAGUGCUUGUAGACUGUCCGUAGACUCGGAGAGGCAAGCUUUGUGGCUUCGCUCCGAGACCCAGACCCCGACUCGCUGCGAGAUGGUUUCGGCGUCGGUGCCGGCUCGGCGCCAACCCUCGGGCCCUCGCUGCCCUGUACUAUGCAUUGGACCGCGAGGUCGCUGUAACUCUGUG